AUGGCGGGCUUCACAUCGGAUAGCGGCAGCGAAUAUUCCUACGGUUUGACGGCGUCGGACGAGGAGACACUUUGGGCCAUCGUCGACCGUCUCUCCGCAGUGUCGCCACACCACUCACAACCAGUCCCGGCAAGCCGACGGACCCCUGCAACGCCGACAAGUUCCUCAAACCCUGCAAGAAACACAAACACGAUCGCAUCCAGUCCCUUCACCCCGGUUUUCGACCCUGAUGCCACUCUUGCCAUCGAGGAGACCAUUGCUGCCAUAACCAAUGAGGACCUGAGUUUCGACGUUUCGGAGCUCAACGAAGAUGACGACUACGGCCACGGGCAGGGCUCUGCGCUUGUCCAUGAUGGCGUCUCACGCAGCAGUAUGCCUGACUGGAAAAGCAGAAGGUUCGCGCCUUCAGUCGCAGGGACUGACCGCGACCAUACUUCGUUCGUACCCAAGACGAAGCCACGGUCUAUGCCCGCGCUGCUCCCAGGGCCGGACGUUCGCUACCCGGACUUGAGUCGCGCCCUGUCUGACGCCGAAGAGACUGCGCGCCUCUUUACAAAAGCACAAGUCCCGUCCGAGGACGACCUCAAAGACAAACGUUCGCCAUUGCUCCGGUUCCGUACGUUUCCAAUGAAGACGCUGUCCGUGUCGGACUUGACCGCCGGGUCCUGGUGCGAGCUUCAGCACUUCUACACCCUGACUAAGCUCCCGGGGGGGAAAAAGACACGCACAGCGGCCAUGAAACGGGGCACCAGGCUACAUGAAAAGCUAGAGCGUGAGGUCUUCAGGACCGUGCAAGUCGAAGUCACCAAGAGAGAGGAUUACUUUGGCCUGAAAUUAUGGAACAUGAUCCAGGGUUUGCGCGUGCUCCGAGAGCAGGGCGCCACCCGCGAGUUUGAGGUGUGGGGCAUGGUCGAAGGGCACGUCGUCAAUGGUGUCAUCGACGGACUGAGCUAUGAGAACCCCGACGAGGAGUUGCAGGGCGGCGUAUUCAGCAGCCGCGGCAGCAGCCGAACCAUUGCAAAUUCGCAGCCCUACGAGCCUAGCACCCCAGGCGACUCCGAGAUCUUCAUCACCGACGUCAAGACCCGGAAUAGCGCCUAUCCGCCCCGGCAGGAACAGGUGCGGGUAUCCAUCAUCCAACUCUUCCUUUACCACCGCUUUCUCUCGGACAUGGCCGCCGAGAGGUUGGACUACAUCAGCGUCUUUGAGCGGUACGACCUUAACCCAGACGAGCCUUUCUCCGACUCCUUCAUGGCGCAAAUCGGCGCGGUUCACGAGGAAGUCUUUGCAGAGCCCGACGCCGACGCCGAAUCCGUCUUCACCCUGGACAACAGCGAGUCCAGCACUGACUCCAACUCGGAAUUCGUGUCGGCCCCUUGCAGCCCCUCCCAGCUAUCCUUCACCUCCUCAUCCACCACCCAUAAUCUCGAAUUCCGCACCCUCCGCACCCUGUUGAUCCUCCUCAAGCAGGAAAUCCGCCUCACCUUCCCUCGCGGUGCCGCAGACAUCGGCAGGAUAGUAGCAGUCGAGUAUCGCUACCGCGGAGGGGACGAGCCCACCCCUUCCCCACCUCCAGCCACCACCAAUGAGAACCCCCCUUUCCUCACCACCACCACCGACAUGAACCUCGGCCCAUACGAAACAGACCGCUUCCAGCCGACCUCGCUCGCCCCGCGUAGCCGGCGACACGGACAGGAACCGGAACCGGAGCGGGGCUCCGUCAUCUGCACAGAUACCUUCUUCGUCGAGCCCGAGACGCUCGACCUGUUCCUCUCGGAGACCAUGCGCUGGUGGAAGGGCGAGCGCGAGCCCCGCGGCGUGCCGCUUGAGGAGGCCGGCUUCAAGUGCCGGUCGUGCGAGUUCCGCGACGAGUGCGAGUGGCGGAGGGAGCUGGAUCAGCAGGCCCUCGGCAGGGCGAGGGACAGGCGGAUCAGCAGGCAGACUGGUGCUGGUGUUGCAUCUAGUGAUGGGGUGGAUGGGGAUGUUGCAGGGGACGUGUUGGUGAAAGACGGGGAGGGAACGAGGCGGAGAAGGGGGAGGCCUAGGAAGGGUCCGGGCGAGAAGGAGAGGGAGAGGAAGCUGGAUGAUAUUGAGGAUGUGGGUGCUGCCGAGGCUGCGGCUGUGGCUGCGGCCUCGGGCGCGGGUGGGUGA